GUCCCAGGGCGGGGUCCCUGGCAUUUAGGAAGAGGGUAGCAUUGGGCAGAGCGAGAUGCCAUGCUGAGAGGUCCCAAUUCCAGCUGCGAAAGAGUGUGAAUGGUGAGUGGCUUCGGAUCAGCAUAGAGAUAUAGCAUCGUCGCUGGAUGAGAAGAAAUCUGAGAAUCCUGUGGCGAAUGCCUUUUUAUUUUGCCAGAUUCCCUACCCAUGCUGGCGGGCUUUGGCUUCGUCGCAAUAGACUCAUGCAGCUCCGCUGCCUAGCCAUUGGUUACUCCACGAACCAAUGGCCAUGCAGUUUCACUGCGAGAUUGAAAAAGGCUUCAGUUCAGGAGAAAAAAGACUUUUUCCAAAUGCGUCUAGCAAGACGCAGUACAAGUGUAGUAUCCAAAGGGAACUAUUAUUUCUACAGGCUUCAGUAAAAAUUUGCACUGAUAGAAAUUACAAGUAUAUAUGUUGGUAUUGUUAAUUUUUGGAGGGAACUUUAUUUUUGGUUUAAAUCGCAGACAUGAAAAUGUGUAAUGUGUUGUGACUGUACACAAACAAGUGUUAUGAACUGUAUUGCCUUCAUUUGUCUUUGUACAUAUUCAUUAUUGUUAUGCAUGAAGCAUGUAAUGUAAUGUUUGUUAAUAAGUGUUGUGCCAUGUUAUUAGUCUGCAGUUCAUGUUGUAGCAGAAAUGCGUGUCUGUGUUUGUCUGGAGAGUGAGUGUGAGUCCGGAAGCGGCUGGUUUUCCCUGGAGUGAAGCUGGAAUGUGCAGCUGGACUCUUAUCAGGGAAUGUGGCAGUGAGAAGUGAUUCCUCCUCCAAGAUUAUUUGAAGAUGGACAAAUCACUCGGCCUGAUCUUCCUGUUGAUCUGUGUGGGGUUUGUGGGUCACAUGACACACGCUGCUUUCAUGGAGAAACUGGCAAACUUUAAGAUCUGUGCAGACAAGGACUGUUCAUAUGUGAUUUCAAUGGCUAAAGCUCUUGAAGACUACGUGGCUUCAGACUGCAGAUACAUCAACCUGAGACGUGGCCAGAUGAUCUAUGUGUUUUCUAAACUCAAGCCUGUAGAGGGAGCUGGAGUCUUCUGGUCUGGAAGUGUCUACGGUGAGCGCUAUGUAGAUCAGAUGGGUGUGAUUGGAUAUUUCCCCAGUAACUAUGUCAAUGAGACACAUGUUUUUCAGGAGAAAACGGUUGAGAUCCCAACCACUGACAUGGACUUCUUCUGUGCGUAAAAGACUUACACUAGCGGUUCUCAAAUAUUUAGACUCGUAGUUCACAACAAUAUUCAAAUAGGCCUAGUUUUGUCCUCAAAACUUAUUUUAAUCUACUUCCUAGUUUCUGUAAAGUAAAAUAAAUCACUAAAAUAAUAAUAAUUAAAAUAACAGCUUAAUGUUCUUCAGGGAUCACACUAUUUUUAACUAAUUAAUUUACACAACUUUUCCAGUCGUUUGUAAUAAGAAUUAAGGAUAGAGAUUUUAAAUUAAUUGUUUCUCACAAUUUCUACAUAAUGAAAUUCUUUAGAGCUUGGCAUAAGAAAAAUUAAUGUUCUUUAUAAAAGUGCUCAAACAUUUUGUAAUUAGCCUACCUCCUAUAUCAAGACAUUCAGUUGAGGAAAAUAAUAAAAAUUGUUGUUUUAGCUUAUUUUUAUGCCGUUUUGUCUUAUUUCAAAUCACUUUAAGCCAUCUUGAGGCACAUUUGGAGGUUUGCCCCAGACCACUGGUCGCUUUGUAUAAUCAAGUUUUUUUUAUUUUGUGCAUUUCAACAAAAUAUUUUAUUUUUUCAUUGGAAUGUUGCAUUUCUGAACCUUUCCAUUUGCUAUUGAGGAUAAACCGAAUAAGUUAUAAAUGUUUUUAAAUAACCAUUAAGUAUUUUAUUAUUUGGAGCAAAUUUAAAGUGAAGUAUGUAAAUAAAUGACAUUGCCUGGAAUAGAAAAGUACAGGAAAGUAUUUCCAUACUUGUAUAUUAUGGUGUGUUUUUUGGCUAUAUCUCUUGCCACAGUAAACUUUAUGCGUGGAAA